UUACUAGGCUUUCCUUUAAAUAAAGCAAUUCAAUACAGUGAAUUGAGGAAGCCUUUUUUACUCAACGACUUGGAAUCACAAUAUCUGCUUCAAGAUCGCCAAAGAGUUUAUGAAAAGCUACAGGCCAUUGGUGUGCCUGUCCCCCGCUAUGCUGUCCUCAGGCGAGACGAGGCAAACAGUUGUGAUGAUCCAGAUUUCAUGGAAAGCGAAGACACCAUUCGGGUUCAUGGCAUGGUAUUCCACAAACCGUUUGUUGAGAAACCGCUAAGUGCAGAAGACCAUAAUGUUUAUAUCUACUUUCCAUCUCAAGCUGGUGGUGGUUGUCAACAGUUGUUUCGUAAAAUUGGUAGUCUCAGUAGUCGAUAUUGUGACCAGAGUCAAGUCAGAAAAAGUGGAUCCUAUAUUUAUGAGAACUUUAUGCCUACUGAGGGUACAGAUGUUAAGGUAUACACAGUAGGGCCGGAGUACGUUCAUGCCGAAGCAAGGAAAUCGCCUUCGUUGGAUGGCAAAGUUGAAAGGGAUUAUCAAGGCAAAGAAAUCAGAUACCCCGUCAUCCUUUCAGCGAUUGAAAAGGAAAUCGCAAACAAAGUGUGCAACGCGUUCAAGCAAACUGUUUGUGGUUUUGACCUGUUGAGAGGCAAUGGGAUGUCGUAUGUUUGCGAUGUAAACGGCUUUAGUUUUGUGAAAACAUCGAAAAAGUAUUACGAGGAUUGCUCGCAAGUGUUGGGUCACAUGAUAUUGCAGAACAUCGCCCCUCAACUCUCGAUUCCUGAUCUUGCAAUCGAGGACACGCCAUUCGUUGACACGCCAGAAGAAUCUAUGCUCGAACUGCGUUGUGUUAUGGCCGUCAUAAGACACGGGGAUCGAACACCGAAACAGAAGAUGAAAAUGGAAGUGCGAAAUCAAAUGUUCUUCGAUCUCUUUCAUAAAUAUGGAGGGACAGUGGAAGGGAAGUUAAAAUUAAAGAAACCUAAACAACUGCAAGAAGUGCUGGAUAUAGUUCGUGUUCUAUUAGAUCGCGCGAAAGAGCUGCGUGAUGAUGCUGAAAAAAUCUUCGAAUCUCAUCAUAAAUUGGAACAGUUGAAAAGUGUAUUGGAAAUGUAUGGCCAUUUCUCGGGUAUAAAUCGUAAGAUUCAGUUCAAGUAUUUAGAAAGUUCCCGAGGUAAACCUGAAAAAUCUGCUUGCGAGGAUCGUGGUCGUCAUGGUUACGCAUCAGGUGCGGAGCAGAAUGAUGCCGACAAGGACGACUGUAACCAAGUGCGUCAACCGUCUUUGUUACUUAUCAUGAAAUGGGGAGGUGAACUAACCCCGUUUGGACGAGAACAGGCGGUUGAAAUGGGAAAAUCAUGCAGGUGUAUGUAUCCUGGAGGAAGAGGAGAAUAUGCGAGCUUGCCUGGAUGUGGGUUAUUAAGAUUGCACAGUACCUACAGACAUGACUUGAAGAUUUAUGCUUCGGAUGAAGGACGAGUUCAAAUGACUGCAGCAGCUUUUGCCAAGGGUCUGUUGGCACUGGAAGGCGAACUCACGCCAAUCUUGGUUCAUUUAGUUCGUUGCGAUAAACACGCAACUAAGAUGCUGGAUGCUGUUGGUGACCCACAAAAUUUGACCUACAAGAUAAAAGGCAGACUUCAUGAAUUUUUCAAUUUAGACAAGGACUUGUGCGACGAAGAUUACGAAAAAAUAAUCCCAACGGCCUCGGUGUCGCAAUUGCAAGCUUUAAAGUUCAUCAAGAACCCUUUCAAGAUGUGUCGGCGAUUGUAUUCACUUGUCCAGUCCUUGACAGCUCAACUUCGAGAGAUGAUGAAAGAUCCUAAUGUUGAUCCCCAAGACAAGUCUCUCUACCACAAUGAAUGUUUGGAUUUAAUGGUUCAUCGCUGGAGUAAACUUGAAAAGGACUUCAGAUUACGUAAUGGUAAAUUUGACAUAAGCCUCAUCCCUGAUAUCUAUGACUGCAUCAAAUAUGAUGUGUUUCACAACAACAAGCUUAACUUGCGCGACGGACCAGAGCUGUUCAAAUGCGCUAAAGCAUUAGCUGAUGUUGUCAUUCCUCAGGAGUAUGGAAUAACGGAAGAAGAAAAGAUGAAGAUAUCUAAAAGAACAUGUCAGCACCUUUGUAGGAAGUUACUUGGAGAUUUACGUCAUGCAGAUCAAUCCGAAACCACCCAUCGCCUAAAUCCCCAAUACAGUCGUGAUAUUGUCACGCCCCAUCGUCAUGUUAGAACGCGUCUCUAUUUCACCAGUGAAAGUCAUAUCCACACUAUGAUUAAUGCAAUUCGAUAUGGAAACUUGUGUGACGAUGUUUCAGAUGAGUUUUGGAAGCGAACAAUCGAGUACUUUUCCUCGGUACCCGAACUCAACUACAUGACCCAGAUUGUACUGAUGUUGUACGAAGAUCCACAAGCUGACAAAGAUUCUGACAAAAGAUUUCACAUCGAGUUGCACUUUAGUCCUGGCGUUAAAUGCGAUUUGGAGGAAGCGGCAAAGGACUCUAAAUUGAAUCUACUUCAUAAAAAACCUGGCUUUAGAUCAAAAGAGGGAGAAACAGACGGUAAACAGACUAAGUCAUACAAGGGCCCAGAGCAAUCCGAGAACAACGUAAUUCGUAAAGAACACGCGAGUGAUGUACCAGUGGACGAAGAAACAGAAAAGAAAGCACAGUCGAACCAAAUAGAAGGUCAUUCCCAUAGCAGAGCUUGCCGAAGACGCUCGGAAGAUUUGGUCGUUAGGACUAUUUUUCCAGCUGGAGAAGGUGCAGAUGAAAAUACGAUGCCUACUAGGAGAAAGAGCACUGGAAGGUCACGGUCAGAGUGUGAAUGCCCUGUAAAAUCUACGGAUGCACUCAAUAGCGAUGCGGGUAAUUUGUCGUUCGGAUACAAAGCUAAAUCAUUGGAAUCGAUCCACGGUGACAAGGUGAUGCCUGUUGGCCCGAUCGAUAUUUCACUAUCAGACGAUACGAAAGUUUUGUCUACGAGAGAAAAUGCGAAAGCACUGCGUUCAACUAUAUCAACGCCGUCACUUAUAAAGACACAGAAAUGUGUCACAAGAGCAGCUCUUGGUCCGGUGUUCUCUGUUCCCGGAGUGCGAAAGUUAGCUUUGCAAAGUGCAGUCCCAAUGGCGAAUGUUGUAACAAGGCCACGCGCGUCAAUAACUGAAGAUAACUUUUUGUCUGAGGUUGCAGCAAUCCAAGGAGACAGUCUUCACAGUGUGUUAUCAUGGAUCCAUCCUUUGAAAACCCUACACGGCUGUAUUCCCUUGAGACAAAUGGAGACUUUCUUGAGGAAAAUAAGCGAUUCUUACGAGCCGGAACUAACACCAGAUCCUCAAAACAGAUGGAUGACAAACCAGACAAGCCACGGCGAUUGUAGCAAAAGUAGCUGUGGAAGUAACAAUUCCCCACUGAUGAGAGACCUCGCGGACAGCAUACCCAAAGGACAGGAUGGCAUUGACAUUGCUGAAUUUGAAGCAUGUGAGGUUUUUGAUAAGGGAAAAUCUGUUUGAAUAUUUGUAAA